AUGAGGCUGACCACUUUGCUAGCUCUGGCUUGUAUCGCUUGUGGCUACGUUUCGGGCCAACCGGCGGGUUAUCCGGAUGCUCGUCCUCCUCCGGCCACUUAUCUGCCUGCCAAGCCACCAGCUCCACCACCUCGUCCUCCGCCGCCGCCGGCCAAUAGCUAUGGUCCCCCCAAGAACGGCAAUGGAAAGCCACCACCUGCUCCACCCAAACCCAAUAACAGCUAUGGACCACCACCCAAAAAUGGCAAUGGAAAGCCUCCACCCAGAAAUGAUUACUUGCCACCAGGUAACGGCAAUGGAGGAUCCUCGGGAGGCGGAGGAGGAGGUCCGUCAGGCGGUGGAGACGUUAUACCCAUCAUCAAGCUGGAGUCCAAGGUCAAUACAGAUGGUUCUUACAAGUACGAAUACGAGACCGGAAAUGGAAUAAAGGCCGAGGAAAUGGGCUACCUGAAGAACCCGGGAGUGAAGGGAGCGGAAGCGCAGACGGCAGAGGGCUCCUUCUCGUACACCAGUCCCGAGGGACAGGAGAUCUCACUGACCUACAUUGCGGAUGAAAACGGAUUCCAGCCGCAGGGCGAUCACUUGCCCACCCCGCCACCCAUUCCCAUCGAGAUUCAGGAGGCUCUGGACAAAUUGGCCGCCGGAGGAGGCUGCCAUGGAUGCGAUGACAACGAGACGGGAGGCAAUGAUGAUGGCGGUGGAGGUGGCUAUGUCUACCGGCGAAAGUAA